AUGUUGAGUUACCAGCCUCUGAACGCCAGCGGAUGUCCAACGAAAUUCGAGAACUAUUUCCCGGACAUCGACAAAUUAAGCCUCGUCUCCGUUGAUGUCAUCUGCAUCGCGAUGGCCGGACAGAACAGCCUGCAACAUGACACACUUACUGCUGACGCUGCUACGGCCCGCUGCAAGAUUCCACAUUCUUACACUCCACAGUCAAGACAUUCAACCGCCGACGUUACCCAUCUCAACUUG